AUGGUGCUCGUGCUUGCGCUGGGGGAUCUGCACAUCCCGCACCGGGCGCCCGACCUGCCCGCCAAAUUCAAGUCCAUGCUCGUGCCGGGCAAGAUCCAAACAUCAUCUGCACUGGCAACCUCUGCAUCAAGUCUGUCUAGGGGGUGGGGGUGUACCUACGCUUGUCGGAAGAUGCAAAAAAAGGAAGUCCAUGACUACCUGAAAAGCCUUUGCCCUGAUCUUCACAUAACUAGAGGUGAAUAUGAUGAGGAUGCUCGAUACCCAGAGACUAAGACACUUACAAUUGGUCAGUUUAAGCUUGGGCUGUGCCAUGGCCAUCAGGUUGUUCCAUGGGGCGACCUGGACUCCCUGGCGAUGCUCCAGCGACAGCUGGACGUGGACAUCCUGGUGACCGGGCACACCCACCAGUUCAAGGCAUACAAGCACGAGGGAGGCGUGGUGAUCAACCCUGGCUCAGCCACGGGCGCCUACAGCAGCAUCACUUACGACGUGAACCCGAGCUUUGUGCUGAUGGACAUCGACGGGCUCCGCGUGGUGGUGUACGUCUACGAGCUGAUUGACGGCGAGGUGAAGGUGGACAAGAUCGACUUCAAGAAGACAGCGACGAUGCACGCCUAG